AUGGCGACAGCCUGGGCCAGUGCCCCUGCCCUGGCUCCUCUGAAUCUGAAGGAGGGGCCUCGGGAGGGGAAGGACGGUCCCCGCCAGCCUAGGCAGCCGGCGUGCGAAGCGCCAGGACGCGGCUCUGGCCUUGAGCAGGAGCCGCUGGGCACGCAGCUCAGGCAGCUGCGGUAUGAAGAGACCGCAGGGUCUCGGGAGGCGCCGCGCCGGCUCCGCGAGCUCUGCCGCCCGUGGCUGCGGCCCGAGACGCACAGCGAGGAGCAGGCGCUGGAGCUGCUGCUGCUGGAGCGGUUCCUGCGCGUCCUGCCGCGGGCCCGGGCGCGGGAGCUGCGCCCGCGGAGCGGCGAGGAGGCCGUGGUUGUACCGGAGGCUCUGCACCCAGAGCUGCGAGAAGCUGGACAGCGGGCGGAAGGGGACCCGGGACAGGCGGAGAAACAGCGCGUGUGCGCGGAGGACAGAGAGACUCUGAACGGCGCGCGGGCCGGGCCGCUCGCACCUGAGCGGCGGGUCCGAAGCCUGAAGCGGAACAGGUUGCUGGGUGAAGAGACGAUAGCUGAGGACGGGGCACCAAUGGUGAAGACAGACCCUUGUGGAGGAGUGGGGUCGUCUGGGGAAACAUCUGAGCCCAAGGAGACUCACCGUGAGGGCUCUCGCUUGGAACGGCAGCAGGCCAAGCCCAAGGAGAAGGCUGACGUUAACAGCUCAGCCCGUGGGGAGCGAUUCCCCCAGCGCUCAGCCCUGGCUGAACACGACGGUGUGCCCAGGGCAGGAAAGCUCUGUGAAUCCAGUCCUCCCGGACGUCAGAAAAUCCGCUCUAGAGAGAAAGGCCAUCAGUGUCACGAGUGUGGGAAAGCCUUUCAGAGAAGUUCACACCUUGUCAGAGAUCAGAAAAUCCAUCUCGGGGAGAAGCCUUAUCAGUGCAAGGAGUGUGGGAAAGUGUUUAGCCAGAACGCAGGCCUUUUGGAGCGUCUCAGAAUCCACACUGGAGAGAAGCCUUUCCUGUGCAUCCACUGUGGGAAGAACUUCCGGCGCAGCUCUCACCUGAAUCGACACCAGCGGACCCACAGCCAGGAAGAGCCCGGCGAGUGCCGGGGGUGCGGGAAGACCGUCAGUCAGGCCCUGCUGCUCACCCACCAUCAGAGAACGCACAGCCACUCUGGGGGCCACCAGUGCCGCGUGGGGAAGGCCUUCAGCUUAACCUCAGACCUCACUCGACAUCACAGGGUUCACACUGGAGAGAAACCUUUCACGUGCAGUAUAUGCCGGAAAGCCUUCCGACUGAACUCACACCUCACUCAGCACAUGCAAAUCCACAAUGAAAAAAAACCCUACGAGUGUAACGAUUGCGGAGAAGCCUUCAGGCAGAGGUCAGGUCUUUUUCAGCAUCAGAGAUACCACCACAAAGACAGACUGGCUUGCGGAGGGGCCCUCUCCUUGUUGGAACAUCAGAGACAGUACAUUAGCAAGCAAACCGCAUUGUAGGAGAAUUCACUCUAGCCAGUCCUGGCAUCGGAGAAAUCUUGGGGGCUGGGGAGGCGGGACUUGGAGGCUCUCUGCCCCGACUCUUUCUCCUUUGUUUUCCUUGAAGUCAGCUUUGUGCUGUGGCAACUUCAUCCAGAUGGUACUUGGGGGUCAGAGUUGAACAGCAUUCUUGACUGCAGGGCUUCUCAGAGCCUUUGAUAUGGUAAAAGCAUGAUGAUACAUCUCCAAGCAGCAGAGAGCCUCAUGAUUGAGGGAGGGUUUUGAAGUCGGCAGCAAAUGACAUAUUCACAGAUUUACAGGCUGAAGCAGAACAAGAGCAGGUUGAUAUUUUUUUCAUAUGCUAUAGCAAGAGAUGGCUAUGAAAUAAAACAGGUGUCUUAAAGUGUGGGUAAAUGGUGACUAUUUCCCCCAAUGGCUUUACUAACUUUCAUUCCUCCCACCCCCAACCAGGAGAGGCAUUUUGGAAAGCCGGAUCACCCCAUUUUACCAUUUCCCACGCCCAUCCCCACCACAGUAUCUCAUUGACCCAGUUAGAAAUUAGUCUGGAGAAGAGAUUCCUAAGUCCUUUGGAUGAACCGUGCUGACUUCGUGUCGCAGCUGUCUUCCCCCGUAACGGCAGUGCCCGCGUAGUCACUGCCACGUAGGCACGACUGAGUGAACGCCUGGCGAAGAAAUUAGACUUUUUUAAUACUGAUGAUACCUUUUUUUAAAUGUUGCUUGUUCUGGAAUUCUCUGAAAGUCAGAUAAAGUCAGCUUAACACGAAGAGUAUUAGGCUUCGGGGGCUCCACUUCCAGGCGCAUGGCCAGGGUGGAGAGCAUCACUUGUUGAGUGACACGAGCUGCUGCGGCUCUGCUGUCUGGAAAAGGCUUCACAUUCUGCCACCGCGUGGGAAGAUUGGUUAAGCAUCGUGGAUUGCUGAGGAUUUGGUUCAGAUGCAUAUGGCUGAAAAAAAGAGUAGGGGCGACUUACUAAAAGUCAGUUUUUAUCUCCAAUAAGAGAGGCUAGAGAUAAGCAGUCCAGGACUGGUAAGGUGGUUCGGUGACAUCACUGGCUUCCGCUUCUCUGCACCACCACCGCCCUGGUGCACGCCGUGGGUCCUGAACAGUCCUCGCAUGAUCCCCGAUGGCUGCUCUAGCUCCAGCUGUCCCCUGCAGAAUGGGGCCGACAGGCCGAAGGACCAAAGGAGGCUCCUCUGAAGUGAGCCAGCGCCCUGUGAACAGCCUUCCCACAGACACUGCGGCGCUGUGUUGGGGGCCAAAACGUAGGAAAAGGGGGCUGGAGAGUGUAUCUUAUUCUUGGUUGCAGUGCGCAGCUGAAAACAGGCUUCUGUCCCGAACAACAAAGGGGAGUGAAUUCUGGAAGAAGCACUGAGCACCCUGAUCCACCCCACUGUUCCUUCCCCCUCUGAUCGGACUGGUGGGAGCACAUGGGGGACCGUAGCGACUGCCUGGUCCAGAGGAGGACCGCAUCUGUAGGAGGAGCAGCUGUAACUUCUUGAGAAAUUGAAGAAUGUAAUAGAAAAUCAUCUUCCACUGCUUGGGUAGCCAUAAAGCUAUGUGUUUUUCAUUCUGCCUGUAUGAGUGAAAUUAAGUUGAUAUCAGGAGUUCCCUCUAAGUGUUUUGAGGCCUGUGCUGUGGUCAAUACCUAAACAUGUAGCUCUGUCUCAUAGUUUAAACCUGUUUCUGUUUAGUUUAAG